GUUCAACAAACUGGCAAUUGUCCUUUAGACAUGAGAGUAGGGAUUCAUACAGGAGCAGUUCUAGCUGGGGUACUAGGACAACGUCAAUGGCAGUUUGACGUAUACUCACAAGACGUAGAGCUGGCGAAUCAUAUGGAAAGCAGUGGAUUGCCUGGGCGAGUUCAUAUCUCAAACGCAACUUUGUCGUUCCUCAAUGACGACUUUGAAGUUGAGAGAGCACACGGUGAAGAUAGGGAUGAGAAUUUGAAAGCGAAUGGCAUUGUUACGUACUUUAUAGUAAAGGUGCUAAAACCAUUUCAGCCGAGUUGCCAAGAUGUUCAAAAUGGCGGUGGGAUUGUACCAGAAGAGGAUAGCUGUGUUAUAGCAGAAAU